AUGUUUGAUUGUGGUUACAAGUCACAAUACAUUGGUGGCCAGAAAGAGAAAUUUGUCAGAUUAGAUGACUUGGACUCUACAAUGUCGAUGAGUGCUGAUACCAGUAAAAUGAAGAAAUCUGUAUUUCAUAUUGAGGCAUUACCUUUUACUGGGAGAAACAGAAAGGCAACAUCAUCAAAAUCAUUGAAGUAUGGAAUUCAGAGGGGAUCAGACGGACUAAAGACAUUUGGUAGAACAUUAAGAACUGGGGUCACCCGUGCAGUGUUCCCGGAAGAUCUUAAAGUGUCUGAUAGAAAGAUAUUUGACCCCCAAGACAAGUCCCUUCUGUUAUGGAACAGGCUUUUUGUCAUAUCAUGUAUCUUUGCAAUAUCCAUUGAUCCUUUGUUCUUUUACCUUCCAAUCUUCGAUGAGAAACAAGAUUGCCUCACUAUUGAUAGAAACUUAGCAGCCACAACUAUAACUGUGCGGUCAUUAGUAGAUGCUUUCUACCUUAUUCGCAUGACUUUACAGUUUCGCACAGCUUAUAUUGCCCCAUCAUCUCGGGUUUUCGGAAGAGGUGAACUUGUGAUAGAUUCUUCACAGAUAGCAAAGCGAUAUCUACACCGCUAUUUCUUUGUCGACUUUGUUUCCGUGCUACCAUUACCACAGAUUGUGGUUUGGAGAUUCUUGCAUGGAACAGGGUCAGAGGUAUUGGCUACGAAACAGGCAUUGCUAUUUAUUGUCUGGUUUCAAUUAUUGCCAAGAUUUAUCCGCUUACUAGCUUUAAAUUCAGACCUUAAAAAGAGUGCAGGCUCUUUCGCCGAAAGUGCUUGGGCCGGGGCUGCAUACUAUUUGCUCUGGUUUUUGCUGGCUGCUCAAGUCACUGGGGCUGCCUGGUACUUGUUGGCUGUAGAGCGCUAUGACACAUGCUGGCGGGAGGCUUGUAUUGAAAGUAAAAAAUGUACGAUAAACUACUUGUACUGUGGCAUUUCUGAAAAUAUCCCAGGAUACAAAGAAUGGUCCGAUAUCAGAGUGGAAGUUCUUAAUAAGAGCUGCACCGCUGAAGGUGACAAUCUGCCAUUUAAAUUUGGGAUCUUUACAGAGGCGAUAAGUUCAAAGGUCAUUGCAUCCACAGAAUUUUUCUCCAAAUUUUUAUUCUGUUUGUGGUGGGGACUGAAAAAUUUAAGUACACUUGGCCAGGGGCUUGAAACCAGUACCUUUGCUUUAGAGAUUCUAUUUUCCAUAGGGAUAGGCAUUUUUGGCCUCAUCCUCUUUGCACUUCUGAUUGGAAAUAUACAGACCUACCUUCAGUCUCUCACGAUUCGUCUCGAGGAGAUGAGGAUUAAAAAGCGUGACUCUGAGCAGUGGAUGCACCAUCGCUGGCUUCCACAAGAUCUUAGGGAAAGAGUUCGACGCUACGAUCAAUACAAGUGGUUGGAGACUCGAGGUGUAGAUGAGGAGAGCAUUGUCCGGAGUCUUCCAAAAGAUCUCAGAAGGGACAUUAAACGGCAUCUCUGCUUGAAUUUGGUUAGAAGGGUGCCUCUUUUUGCCAAUAUGGAUGAGCGGUUGCUUGAUGCCAUUUGUGAGCGUCUAAAACCAAGUUUAUGCACAGAGAAUACCUAUAUUGUGCGGGAAGGGGACCCAGUUGUGGGUGUGCUAAAAGAAGGAGACUUUUGUGGAGAAGAGCUCCUAACAUGGGCAUUGGAUCCUAAAGCUAGUUCUAACUUACCAUCAUCUACUCGAACCGUGAAGGCUAUAACUGAGGUUGAGGCUUUUGCCUUAGAAGCAGAGGAGUUGAAAUUUGUUGCCAGCCAGUUUAGGCAUCUUCAUAGCAGACAGGUUCAGUACACCUUCCGUUUCUACUCCCAGCAGUGGAGGACUUGGGCAGCCUGCUUCAUCCAAGCUGCUUGGCGCCACUACAGAAGAAAAUUGGCAGAAAAACUGCGUAAGGAGGAGGAAGAAGGCUUUGACUACAGCGAAGGAGAUGAUGAUAAUGAUGAUGAUGAUUAUCGAGGCGGUUCGAUCACAAGCAAGCUUCGUGCCACCUUCUUUGCAUCCCGCUUUGCAGCAAAAGCGCUUCGCGGUCAUAGGCGUCGCAGUGCAGGUAGCACAGGUAGCACAGGUAGCAUGGGUAGCAUGGGUAGCACGGAGCUGAUGAAGCUGCAGAAGCCCCCUGAACCUGACUUCUCAGCUUAUGAUGAUAAGAAUUGA